AUGUCCAAGGUUUGGACUGAACACCGUGACAGGACGGGAGCAAUCAACUUCAUCACUGGGGCAGGCGGUUUCUUGCAGGCAGUGGUGAAUGGAUUUGCAGGAAUUCGUGUUUGCACACCCGCCAUCUCAGGUGUCAAUGUUCCAGCGCUCUUCAUCAAUCCGAAAUUGACGAUUCCGACGUUGUCCGAGGGGGAGCCAGAGAGGAAUGUCCUGCACAUCCAGGGAAUCUCGUUCCUCGGACGCAAACUAGACGGCAUACAUCGCGUGGUCACGAUCACCUUGGAAUCGGGCAACCCGGUGGUCGUGAUACGAGCCAAUCCUAGUGAUCCCUCAGAGGUGAAUAUGGAUGAGCAGAAAGUUAUGCGUGCUGGAAAAAAAAUCGAUCUCAAGAAUCAAUUAGUGAGCGACCUUGAGCGACUUGUUUCCCUAGUGAACCAUUUAGUGUUAUUAUGUUGUUUCGUAGUCUUCAGUCGUUUCAACGUUUCUGAGUAUCCACGUAGCCUAAUCGGAUCGAUAUCGGGACUGGUCAUCUGCUUAGUGAACGCAAUAUUUUGA